AUCGAUUGUUUUCAUUUCACGAAUCGAGCGCGCCUCUUCGCAUGAAGUUCUUAAUUCCUACACAAAAGGGCAGCUGAAACAGAAGAGGUUCCACAAAUUCACGAUUCAAAACAGAAGUUCCUUGCAAUGGAUCAGACACUGAAAACGAAGAUUGAAGAUCAUGGUGAAGAAGCCUGGUUUGAGGAGGUCAGCGUAGAAAAUGAUCCCAGUGAUACGAAUUGGAACAGCUUGGUUGCUUUGGUGUCUGGGAUAAACAAUCAAAUGGCAGUACUGAAUACGGAACUCAGUGGAAUCGACAGCAGACUGAAGCAUUUCGAAGAACAGCAAACAAUCAGCAUCUCUACCAUUCGAAGGAAAAUGGAUGUGCUAAAAUCGCAAAUUCCAUCUCUAAAAACUGUGUUGAAAACCGUCGAGAUCGAUCCUGUUGCACCUCCACUAUCGUCGUUGCUAAAACCUAUCCAGUCUAAGGAGGAACUGGACGAGCUCGAGGCUAAAGCUAAAGACGAAGAGUACCGGAAUGCGGUGAUACAUGCCGCUGGGAGAAUUUCAGGCUACGAUAGAAAAGGAGAAGGAGAAAGUAUUUGCUUUCAAAUGAUAGAUUACUUUUUCGAUAGGAAAUUUCUGAUGGAAUGUUCUUGGCUCGGACGAAGGCACAGGCGCGUGAAUGGCGAGCUAAACAAAAAGAUUGGUUUAAUCGAGUAUGGCCAUACCAUGAAGCUGUUUCACGAAUGCAUCAGCGUUUCUGAUGAAACUUUCACACAAUUUCAUUGUUACAAUUUCGUAAGGGUCAAAAUUUUGCGACGUUCAUUACGACGCGUUCUUGCGAAGAAAACCAAAAUACCAGUUAAAGCACCCAAACCUAGAUCCAAGAAAACAGAUACCGUUGACGAUUUAGCAGUGCAAGCGGUCGUAGCAAAUCAACUGCGACACCUCCAGAACGCUGCUGCAGAAAGUGAUGAAUCGUCGUUAUAAAAUAAGAAUAGUUUGCUUUAAGAAUAAACUAGAGAAUGAAAU